AGUGUUUCACAACAAUGGGCAACAUGCCCGUUUCCUCUUCUCUUCACUCCGGCAGUCAUGGCUCUCCUGUCCGUCCUCACGCCUGCUCUGGCGGUGGUCCUGUGCUUGGUGAUAGGCUUCAUGCUGGUGAAAUCACGGGAGACGGAGUCCACCUCGACCUCCCCGGGAAAAGCCAAAGGGCCGUCAAAAGGGCCGGACUUUAGACCGUGGGUGGACCAGGACUUACAGGACGGUACAGAAACCACAGCAAGAGAAGACGAGGAUGGUGAUUGGGUGGACAGCAAUGAGGAGGAAGACCUUCAACAUGUACCCUACACACCACUACGUUACUCUGAGGAGACGAUGCUGGAGAGAUCCAAGGAUUUCUACACUCUGUUGAACCAGCGGAGGUCUGUCCGAUUCAUCAGCCCAGAGCCGGUCCCGCGAGAAGUCAUCGAUAAUGUCAUCCUCACUGCAGGUACGGCCCCUAGUGGAGCUCACACAGAGCCCUGGACGUUCGUCGUGGUGUCAGACCCAGAGAUGAAGCACCAGAUCAGACAGAUAGUGGAAGAAGAGGAGGAGGUCAACUACCGCCAGAGGAUGGGCGACAAGUGGGUCAAUGAUUUGGCCAAACUAAGGACAAACUGGAUUAAGGAGUAUUUGGAUGUUGCUCCAUACUUGGUGCUCAUCUUCAAACAGACCUAUGGGAUUCUACCAGAUGGCAAGAAAAAGACACAUUACUACAAUGAAAUCAGCGUCUCCAUAUCCUGCGGAAUCCUGUUGGCUGCAUUACAGAACGUGGGUCUUGUAACCGUCACAACGACGCCCCUAAACUGCGGCCCCCAGCUCAGGCUCCUCCUCAAACGGCCAGCCAAUGAGAAGCUGUUGAUGUUACUUCCUGUAGGUUAUCCUGCGACUGACGCCACGGUGCCUGACUUGAAACGCAAGCCUCUGGAUGAUAUUAUGGUGCACAUAUGACAGAAUUAAUUUGCAGAGAAAAUAAAACGCAAAAAGCAAUAUACUUUUCUUUUCAUCAUCUUCUUUGCCCGCAGCGGAAAAAUCCACAAAACAUAUAUCUAAUGUGACUUAGAAAUGUUUUAAUUGCGCUUGGAGUCUUGCAAACAAGAUAAAGCUAUUGUUUAACAAUAAACCUAUGUAUAGAAGGAACAGAGA